AUGACUCUGUUAUUGGUAACACUUCUUCUAUUUCACCAAGGAUAUUCGCUGGUUCAGGUGACCACCGUUCAACUUGGUGAACCUGUAACUCUGACAUGUGUUUUACCUCCUGGUGAUUUAAGCAGCAAAGUUCACUGGUACAAGCAGAGUGCAGGAGAAACUCUGAAAUUGAUUGCGACACUGCGGCGAACUACACACCCUCAGUAUGAAAGAGAGUUUUCUGGUGGAAGGUUGGAAGUAAAAGACAAUAAGAACAUCAGCAAUCUGUCCAUAUUCAGGACAAUCCCUGAAGAUGAAGGAAUGUAUCACUGUGCAGUCAUGGAAUGGAAUGUGAAUACUUGGAGUGGAACCUAUUUGUUAUUAAAAGGAAAAACCCAGAGGACAUCAAACUUAAUUGUUGCUCAGUGGCCAACAGUAUUGGAUCCAGUCCGUCCAGGUGAUCCUGUGUCUCUCCAGUGUUCAGUCCUCUCAGAUUCUGAUAACAAGACGUGUCCAGUAGAGCUCAGUGUCCUCUAUUUCAGAGAAGGAUCAAAUAAAGCUCAUCCAAACAUCAUCUACACUGAUGGAAAGAGGCAAGCUGAAUGUGAGAAGAGGUCCGACACUCAAAAGAGUUGUGUUUAUCGCUUCUCUAAGAACGUCAGCUCCUCUGAUGCUGGGACUUAUUACUGUGCUGUGGCCACAUGUGGGGAGAUAUUACUUGGAAAUGGAGCUACACUGAAAAUCGAGGAAACAGGUUUGGCAUCUAUUGCACUGGUGAUAGCAAUAAUCUGCUUGGUCAUUUCUGUGAUUGUAAACAUUGUUUUCACCUGUUACAGAAGUCCAAGAGUAGCAUGUAAAAAAUGUAAAGACGGCACCUCUUCACAAGCAAGAAAUGACAACCUGUGUCAACAACUGGAUGAUAUUAAUGAAGCUGAACAUGAUCUGAACUAUGCUGCAAUAUAUUUCUCUGGAAGGAACAACAAAAGGACAAAAGGAACAAAUAAAAAAGAGCAGAAGACUGAAGAAUGUGUGUAUUCUCAAGUUAAGCGCUGA